GGCUAAGGGCGGGGCCGGCGUCCGUCACCAGGGCAGCGCCGCCCCACCCGCCGCCUCGGGACAGCCCGGCCUCGCGGUGGGAGCGCGGCCCGCGACCCCGAAGCAGCCCGGGCCUUCGCGGUCCCCCGCGCCGCCGCCGCCAUGCAAGGGGAGGACGCCAGAUACCUCAAGAGGAAAGUUAAAGGAGGAAAUAUUGAUGUACAUCCGUCAGAAAAGGCGCUGAUUGUUCAAUAUGAAGUGGAAGCUACGAUUCUUGGAGAAAUGGGGGAUCCCAUGUUGGGGGAGCGAAAGGAAUGCCAAAAAAUCAUUCGUCUCAAGAGUCUCAAUGCCAACACCGACAUAAGCUCCCUGGCCCGGAAGGUGGUGGAGGAGUGUAAGCUCAUUCAUCCCUCGAAGCUCAGUGAGGUGGAGCAGCUGUUGUACUAUCUGCAGAACCGGCGCGACUCAUUGUCAGGAAAAGAAAAAAAAGAAAAAUCAAGCAAGCCUAAAGAUCCACCUCCUUUUGAAGGGAUGGAGAUUGAUGAAGUUGCUAACAUUAAUGACAUGGAUGAAUACAUAGAAUUACUGUAUGAAGAUAUUCCUGACAAGGUUCGGGGUUCUGCCUUGAUCCUACAGCUUGCUCGAAAUCCUGAUAACUUGGAAGAACUACUUUUGAAUGAGACCGCCCUGGGUGCUCUAGCAAGAGUCCUGAGAGAAGACUGGAAGCAAAGUGUUGAGUUAGCUACAAACAUAAUUUAUGUCUUUUUUUGCUUCUCCAGCUUUUCUCAGUUUCAUGGACUUAUCACUCACUAUAAAAUUGGAGCUCUGUGCAUGAAUAUCAUUGAUCAUGAAUUAAAAAGACAUGAGCUUUGGCAAGAAGAACUUUCUAAGAAGAAGAAAGCUGUUGAUGAAGACCCUGAAAACCAAAGCUUGAGAAAAGAUUAUGAAAAAACCUUUAAAAAAUACCAGGGGCUUGUGGUGAAACAGGAACAGCUCUUACGAGUUGCUCUUUAUCUGCUUCUGAAUCUCGCUGAGGACACACGCACGGAGCUGAAGAUGAGGAACAAAAACAUAGUCCGCAUGCUGGUGAAGGCUCUGGAUCGGGACAAUUUUGAGCUGCUUAUUCUGGUUGUGUCAUUCUUGAAGAAACUCAGCAUUUUUAUGGAGAAUAAAAAUGAUAUGGUAGAAAUGGAUAUUGUUGAAAAACUGGUAAAAAUGAUACCUUGUGAGCAUGAAGACCUGCUAAACAUCACCCUCCGACUUUUGCUGAACCUGUCCUUUGACACAGGACUGAGGAAUAAGAUGGUGCAAGUGGGGCUGCUCCCCAAACUCACGGCUCUCCUAGGCAAUGAAAACUACAAACAAAUAGCAAUGUGUGUUCUUUACCACAUAAGCAUGGACGACCGCUUCAAGUCAAUGUUUGCAUACACUGACUGUAUACCACAGUUAAUGAAGAUGCUCUUUGAGUGUUCAGAUGAACGGAUUGACUUGGAGCUCAUUUCUUUCUGCAUUAAUCUCGCUGCCAACAAAAGGAAUGUGCAGAUUAUCUGUGAAGGAAAUGGGCUGAAGAUGCUCAUGAAGAGGGCUCUGAAGUUCAAGGAUCCAUUGCUGAUGAAAAUGAUCAGGAACAUUUCCCAGCAUGAUGGACCAACUAAAAAUCUGUUUAUUGAUUAUGUUGGGGACCUUGCAGCCCAGGUCUCUAAUGAUGAAGAGGAGGAGUUUGUGAUCGAGUGUUUGGGAACUCUUGCAAAUCUGACCAUCCCAGACUUGGACUGGGAAUUGGUUCUGAAGGAGUACAAGUUGGUUCCCUACCUCAAGGACAAGCUGAGACCAGGCGCUGCGGAAGAUGACCUGGUUUUAGAGGUGGUCAUUAUGAUUGGGACCGUGUCUAUGGACGACUCCUGUGCUGCGCUGCUGGCCAAGUCCGGAAUAAUUCCUGCUCUCAUUGAGUUGCUAAACGCUCAACAGGAAGAUGACGAGUUUGUGUGCCAGAUCAGCUACGUCUUCUACCAGAUGGUGUUCCAUCAGGCCACGAGGGACGUCAUCGUCCGGGAGACGCAGGCUCCAGCAUAUCUCAUAGAUCUGAUGCAUGAUAAAAACAAUGAAAUCCGGAAGGUCUGUGAUAAUACAUUAGACAUUAUAGCGGCUCAAGUCUCUCAUUCUAAACAGGAGUCACCCCACCCUGUGUCUGCCUUUCCUAGAUACUGUCCUAGCCCCCUGCUUUCCCGUAGGACCAACGUUUUGGAAAAAUUGCCUACAUCUUCCUUCCCUCGUUUCAUCACUUGCCGCCAUGUCAACACUGGCUGCUGCUUCCAUUACUGCGCUGAAGUGGUGCUCACUGAAGUCACCCUGACCUUCAUUUUUCUAAAUCCAUUGAGAUUUUUAGUGUUCAUUUUACUGUGUUAAUCUUACCCUCCUUGAAGGAACUUAUAAAAUCUUGGUCAGAGUUAAAAAUGUCACAAUUAUUUUAAUUACUACAUUCAUAAAGAGCCUCCUUGAUACAAGGACUUCAAAGAGGGAAAAUCAGCCAAGUGAGACUGAUGAUGUGUGUGUCCGCCGGCUGACUGCGGCCCCCGAAGAUGAAGGCGGGUCCCUUGAGUUGGUAUUUAAGCAUCUGAACAAGCACUCUGAGGUUCACCUCAUCGCUCUCAGACUCUCUACACUGGACGUAUAAAGUAUUUGAUUUGAUGCCAAGUCAUUUUGGACUAUUUCACACUUUGGAAAACUUCAACCUGAAAAAGUAUUUAGAAAUACUAGACUUAUUAAACCGAGAACAUUUAAAGACAGUCACGUGUGAGUUAAGCAUGUGGCUGCGACCCCCUGCUGUGCUGCUCGGCUGAGUCACAGUCCGAGCUGUUCCCUUGAAGAGAAGGGCCCGUUGCUGGGGACGUCCGUGCUUCCUUACUGUCUGCUGUCCUGCCGGUAGGAUGCAGGGCCUGCGUUCGUUCAGCUUGACAGUGGGGACGCACCUCCCGGAGCCCUUCUCCGCAGAGCGUUCUUGUUGGGGAGGGGCUGUGGUCUGUGUCUGCCUUUCCUGGAUACUGUCCUAGCUCCCUGCUUUCCCGUAGGACCAACGUUUUGAAAAAAUUGCGUGCAUAUUCCUUCCCUCAUUGCAUCACUUGCCCCCAUGUCAAUACUGGCUUGGAUUAGGGUUGGCAUCAGAGCUCAGGUUCCUCAGGACAGGCCUGCAGAAGCAGGGGAUGGGCAGGGACUGGGUGAGUGGGCAGAUGGUGGCCGCUUUAAUUGGCUUGCAGGUGCGUAUGGGCUGGAGCAGGGGUGUAAAGUGAGUUGUUGAUGGAAACUUGUAAGAUGUUCUUCCCAAAACCGGUUGAGCUGGUUAUUGCUUGACUUAUAGUCUUAGUAAAUUUUCAUUUCUCAGAUUUGUAAGUUUGACUUUUAUUUCUCAAUUCCAUGCAUUCAAAUUGGGUUUAGUGAGACAGUUUGGUUAGUCCUCUUUUGGAGUUUAUUUUUAUAUUUCAUAACCUGAAAAGCAGAAAUGUAGGAUAUCCUACCUUGUUAGAAUUUGCAACAUAUAUAUGGAAUAUAUGUAUUCUCUGCCAGUCUUAUGAAUAUUACAUUGUUUUUGUUUAAUUGGCAACAAGUUGGAUUUAGAAGAACCCAACCAUAGUAUGAAAGACAAAAAUAAUGAUUUCUUACUUAAAUAAAUUUCUUUUAGUUAUAUCUUGUA